CAAGGUCCAUGGGGAUGGAGGAGACACCAGUGACCAAAAGCUAACAAAUGGGAUCUCAGUUUUCUUUUUAUGUGGCUCGGUUUGUUCUGUCUUUUUUGACAUCUGCUGUUUUUUUCUUCCAAACUUGGACCCACCCCUUAAAAAUCCCGCAAUCGUCACUCACCUCCGAGGAAUCCAUAUCUUCAACAGUUGUUGUCUGAUCCAACGGUAAUCAUCGAAUCUCUCAUAUAUUCAACGCCGUAUUUGAAGUGGCCAAAAGCACAUUCAACCACUGCUUUACAAAUAUCUAUGUGAAUUCUUGGCCCUUCUCUGUUCCUAUUCAUUGUCUCUUUUGGGUUUGUUAAGCAAAGAAUAAUAAGAAGAAGAUGGUGUCAAAGACAAUUGAUUUGUUGAAGAAGGAUCUUCCUGUGGAACAAAGCUCUCUGGUUCUUUCUCAAGAUGUUAAGACUGGUCUUGUUCUUGUUGACGUUGUUAAUGGCUUCUGCACCGUUGGAGCUGGAAAUCUGGCUCCAAGGCAACCUGAUAAACAAAUAUCUGAUAUGGUUGAAGAGUCUGUGAGACUAGCCAAGCUGUUCUGUGAGAAAAAUUGGCCUGUUUUUGCUUUCCUUGAUUCCCAUCAUCCUGAUAUUCCUGAGCCUCCUUACCCUUCUCAUUGCAUUAUUGGAACUGAUGAAGCAAGAUUGGUUCCUGCUCUCCAUUGGCUAGAGAAUGAGCCUAGUGCAACACUUAAAUGCAAAGAUUGCAUUGAUGGGUUCCUUGGUUCAAUUGAGGAAGAUGGUUCAAAUUUGUUUGUUGAUUGGGUUAAAAAUAAUCAGAUUAAAGCUAUCCUGGUUGUAGGGAUAUGCACAGAUAUUUGUGUAUUGGAUUUUGUAUGUUCCACUCUAUCUGCCAGAAAUCGCCAAAUUCUUACCCCUCUUGAGGAUGUGAUUGUAUACUCCAGUGCUUGUGCAACUUUUGAUCUUCCAGUUCAUGUUGCCAAAGAUAUCAAUGGUGCUCUGGCUCAUCCUCAGGAUCUCAUGCAUCACAUAGGUCUGUACAUUGCCAAGGGAAGGGGAGCCAGGGUUGUAUCAGAGGUCUCAUUUGCUGUGUGUGUUGAAAGUGAUACAGACCUGUAAACAAAGUUAGUUUGGCUCCAAGUUUGAAAUCAGUGUCCAAGAAGAAGAAGAUGAUCACGAUGUGAAGGACACAUGACUUACCAGAGCCUGUAUGCAUCGUUUCAUUAAUAGGAUACUUACUAGUUUAUUAUAUGCUUUUCAUUUCUGUUAAGCUUUGUCAGUACCAAGCCACGUGUAGGCUACUGGUUUGUUUAGUUUGUACUGUAAGGGAGACAAAUAGCUGUAUUUUGAAGAUUCACUUGGCAUCUGUUUCCCAUAAUUCUUAUAUCCUUACUGCAUGCACUCCAUA